UUUGAAUUUGUGAAAUGCUCACUAGCACCAGAGUCAAUGAUGAAGUCUUCACCCGAAGCAUCAUUCGUGGAGCUGCAUGUCUUCAUAGCCUCACUUUGAAUAAGAUUGAUGACAUUGGAGCAUGAGCCAAGAGAUUUGACCGGCGAGACACGAGGGAGCACUGCGGCAGGGUAACGAGAGAGAAAUUUGCUACUUGUCUUCCUAAAAUUGGUGCCCUUGACGUUAUGGUGGCACUCUUGUACGGAGUGGCCAUUGUCCUCGCAGAACAAACCAUUCAUGUGCCUCCAACCUUUGCCUUCAACCUCGACAGGUGCCUGGUAUGUGCGUUGGACAAUGUUGGCGUGCACAGGCCUGGACCCGAUGAUGAGCGCCGUUGCCACCGCGUUCGACUCAACAUACCUGAAGAACGACCACAUAUCAGGGAAGUCCUUGGCCUUGGCAGAGUGGUAGAACGAGACACUCAUCUCCGUCUUUGGGAGUGCCUGGAAGAAAUGCUGCUGCAUUCCUUGUGUCUCUCUGUCCAUAUCGCG